AUGAAGCUCCAUGCGGAGUUUAAGCCAGAUGGUAUAGACGACUUUUCGCACAUUUUGAAGGGGCUGAAGGACUUCUCGUCCUUUGCCGUGGAAAACUCCUUCCUGUGUUUCAAAUUCUCGGAAAAAUAUCUGUACAUAUUUGGAAACGAAAAGAAUCACGUGGAAAUAUUUAUAAAGAUUAGCAUGGAAGAUUUAUUUUACGACAAUUUUAUUUUAAAAAGCGCCACGGACAAUCAAAUUAUCAUCCUCGUUUAUAUUUUCCAAAUAUAUGACAUUUUUAAGAACGUUUCAAAGAGUACAAAAAUAACCAUUGAUUUAUUUGACAAAAAUGGAAUAUGCAUUUUGCUGUUCAAGCAUCAGUGCAGCGUGACAGACGCCUUAAAGAAAUUUGAGUGUGGAAUAGAACUUAUUAACCCCUCGCUUACUGCCUUUCCAAAUGUGAAGGUGAAUAAAAAUGCCUUCUCCAUAAAUUGCAAGUUAAAAAAAUGCUGCAAAAUUUUGAAUACCUACUCGAAAUUUCAGGCAGACAAAGUGGAACUAAAUUUCAAUAUUUCCAACAAACAUUGUGAUGUUGUUUUUUUGCUGGACUCAAUAACCACGAAGAAUGUAACGACGCUGAAAAAUAAUUACGUAUUGAAAGAUUUUAUGGACAAGCAAGCCAAACAGGAAAAGGAUCAAAAUAAUCGGAAAUUUAAUUUGAAAAAAGUUAUAUAUAUUAAAACUUUGACAAAAGCUUUAAAUAUCCUCAACGAAUGCAGAAAUAAUAAAGACGAUGUUGGCAUAUUUAAAAUUAUCGUUCCUUAUAACAAAUGUUGGUUUGCUUUAAAACUGGGGCAGUUCGAAUCUUCUGGGAAUUGGAAGGUGCUUAUCGUCAUUACCGAUCUGAGUCUAGAUUUGUAA